CUUUGUGAUAUCUGCCAGCAGAUAAUUUGAAGAAAUUGUUGAGCUUUUUUGCUUUGCUAGUACCAGUCUGAUAUGAAAGAUCAAAGUGAAUACCGGUCCACCUUUUAGUCGGAAAAUUUUUUAUUUGACCCGAUCUGAACCGGUUGAGGCUGGUUCAGUCUUGAGUUUUGUUCACCAGUUGCCCUGCCGAGUCUCUCGUUUACGUUGAUGUAAAGUAGCAGAACAAAGAGGAGCUCCUCGAUUGUAUUCCCCUAAUUAUAUGCGGAGUGAAAUGUCAGUUGCACCUGGGUCAACCAAGCUUCCAAAGUUCUCUUCUUUUCUCCUCCCCUUGAAUCGUGUCUGCUCAAUUUCGUCACCUGCAUUUCAUGCUGUUGAAGAAACCAUCAGAGCUGCAGUUGAAUCCAAAAAUUACGAACAGAUACCUGAUCUUCUCAUUUUAUCAAAACAAUCUUCCCAAAGGAAUAAUCCCUUCUUGUUCCUGUCUAAUUUUUCUCAAAUUCGCAGAACCCAGAUCAUUGAUGAUAUGUUACAAGCUUUUCUCCCACUCAGACCCCGUUCUCGUCCCCUAAUUGCCUAUUCCUACCUUCUUUCUCACACUCUUCAAGCUCCCAGCCCUCUUCCUCUUUCUCUUGCUAUCCUCCAAUGUAUUCUUCGUUCUGGGUCUCGCCCUGCUCUCCAGACCCACCUUUUUUUAUCUUCUGCAUGGCUUCACCGACGCCGCCAAUCUCACUCUGUCUCCAAUAUCCUAUUGGAGAUGAAAUCCAUUCGUUAUUUUCCUGAUUCUACCACCUGCAAUUAUAUUAUAUCAUCUUUAUGUGGAGUUGAUCAGUUGCCGGAGGCUGUUAAAGUUUUGAAGGGCAUGGCCGCUGCAGGCUGUAUUCCUGAUGUAGAGAGUUAUGGAACUGUAAUUGCUGCCAUGUGCUCGGGAAGAAAGACUGCUGAUGCGGUAGAUAUGGUCAAGCAAAUGGUGGUUAAAGUGGGAUUAGUUCCGUCUCAGGGCACGGUGGUGAAAAUGGUAGCAGCGUUGAGGGCGAACAGAGAGAUUAGGCAAGCAGUUGAGGUGAUUGAUUUAUUGGAGAGGGAAGGUUACUCUGUUGAGUUUGAGAGCUAUGAGUUAACAAUUGAAGGAUGCUUGGAGUGCCGUGAGUUUAUUCUUGCAGGAAAGAUGGCGAUUGAGAUGACAGAUAGAGGGUUUAUACCGUAUAUAAAGGUCAGGCAAAAGGUAGUUGAGGGUCUGGCAAGUAUUGGUGAAUGGAAGCUUGCUUGUGCAGUGAGGCAAAGGUUUGCAGAACUGAGGUCUUAGUCAUAGCUGCUUCCAUGUCUUCUUAGUGGGACAUGAAGAAUUUCAAUGGCGGAUAAAACAUGUAAACAAAACCCAUAUGGCGUUCUCUUCUCAGGAGCUAAAUGAUCCCUAGUCCGGGUUUAUAAUGUCACCUAAAGCCAGAUUCACCCCAACCAGUGCCCCACGAGUUCUUCACUGUCCAGUACUUCUUUCCAUUAUCAUCACCAUACCCAACUACUGUCACUCCAUGGUUGAGAUGUGUUCCACAGUAGCCACUGAAGACACCAUGAGAAUAGAGCUGAAAGAGAUAUCCACCAGCAUCUACUGCAACAGAUACUGGUUGAUUGGCAACUGCAGCUUGCAAGCUUUUCUCGUCAUUUGCAGGGUAAUUGGCUUCAGUGGUAAUUCCACCAUUCUUUAUGAUGAAUUCAAAUGCUUUCUCCAUGAAUCCACCUCUGCAGCCCUCGUUGCCUGUAUCUGUGUCACAGUCCACGAGCUGUUGUUCUGAUAGAGAUACCAGUUCUCCUGUUUUGAUCUUGUUGAUGCCUUCAACAGCUGCCACUGCGGAGAAUGCCCAACAACUUCCUGUAUUUAUUAAAAGUUAGAUUUUGUCAAACUUCAGUUAUCAUGAAAUUCUUGACUUCAAGAUCCAUGAAUUGAGUUAGAUUACAAAGAGAAUCUGUGUCCAGCAAUUGAUGUAGCCAUUGCUGACAAACACACACACACACACACAUACAGAUGUAGUCUCAAUAUCCAUCAAAUUAAGUUAGAUUUGUCUCAACAUGCAAAUUCAUAGAUCUUGUAUGAACUAGGAGGAAAAAAGUCCCAAUUUGUUGAGAUUGCUAUACCACAUUGGCCUUGAUCUUUAACAGGAGUGACAGUCUCUUCCUUUCUCCAAUCCACAGAGGUUGGCAGCUCUUGUAGUUGGUGAUCAGUGGCAUUAUGAUGUCUCUCUUUUAGAAGGUUCUGAGGGCUGAAACCCAUGUACAUAGAUUUAAACUCGUCAUUCGUCAUGUCUGCAAACUUGUUAUCAGUGAGCUUGAAGGAUAAGUUUUGAGAAUUGAUGUAAUCGACAAGGAGGACAUUGGAUUGGUUGUCGAAAUGUUCAGUGUUGCUCUUAAACCAUGCUUGUGAAGGUACCAGGAGGACCACCCAAAUAAAUACAAGAGCAGCAAAGGUCUGCAUACUAAUUUUCAACUCUGUUGUCAUUUGAUCAACUGGGAUGAUGACUAUGGCUAUUAGUUGAAGCUUAUAUGUUUGAAAUAUCUAUAAAUGAAGACUUGAAUAUUGCA